UCCUUUUGGUACGCUCCAAGAUGGCUGCCUCCAUGGUGCGGCGCGGGAUUUUCCUGGCGCGGCAAGUGGUUCGGUCUGAGCUCUUCCCUGCAGGUAAAAGAUGCCUGCUUUCUGCAGCCUAUGUAGACAGCCACAAAUGGGAAGCAAGAGAAAAAGAACAUUGCCAUCUUGCUGAUCUCGCAUCUUUAAUGGAUAAAACAUUUCAGAGAAAGUUGCCUGUUAGUUCUUUAACAAUAUCACGGUUUGUAGACAACAUUUCCUCUCGGGAAGAGAUAGAUCAUGCAGAGUAUUACCUUUACAAAUUUCGACACAGCCCCAACAGCUGGUACCUGAGAAACUGGACCAUCCACACCUGGAUUAGGCAGUGUCUAAAAUAUGAUGCACAAGACAAAGCCUUAUAUACCCUUAUAAAUAAGGUUCAAUAUGGAAUUUUUCCAGAUAACUUUACAUUCAAUUUACUGAUGGAUUCUUUCAUAAAGAAAGAAAAUUACAAAGAUGCUUUAUCUGUGGUUUUUGAGGUCAUGAUGCAAGAAGCCUUUGAAGUGCCUUCCACCCAACUUCUCUCCCUCUAUGUUUUGUUUCAUUGCCUGGCAAAGAAGACAGACUUCAGUUGGGAAGAGGAGAGGAACUUCGGUGCAUCCCUAUUGCUUCCAGGUCUGAAACAGAAAAACUCAGUGGGUUUCAGUUCCCAGUUAUAUGGCUGUGCACUUCUUGGAAAGGUGGAAUUGCAGCAAGGGCUACGGGCUGUGUACCACAACAUGCCUCUGAUAUGGAAGCCAGGCUACCUUGACAGAGCCCUUCAAGUGAUGGAGAAAGUAGCUGCCUCCCCAGAAGACAUAAAGCUGUGUAGAGAAGCGCUCGAUGUGCUGGAUGCUGUGCUAAAGGCUCUGACUUCUCCGGCUGAUGGGGCUUCAGAGGAACAGUCCCAAAAAGGUGAAGACAACCAGGAGUCAGAAAAACUGGUGGAGCAGUUAGACAUUGAGGAAACAGAACAGUCCAAGCUUCCUCAAUACCUGGAACGAUUUAAGGCCUUACAUUCUAAGCUUCAGGCUCUGGGCAAAAUUGAGUCCGAAAGUCUUUUAAGUGUGACCACGCAGCUUGUGAAGGAAAAACUCUCCUCCUGUGAAGCAGAGGACAUCGCCACCUAUGAGCAGCAACUACAGCGGUGGCAUCUAGACCGUGUACACCUGAUCCAGAGAGAGCAGGAACAGAGGGAGAAAGCGAAACAGGAGUUCCAGGCUCGGAAAGCAGCAAAGGCAUCUGCCUAAGACGGUCCUCCGGGGCCCAACCCCUCCCACAGAACUUCACUGGACCCCAUGCCAGGACUCGGCAGUGACCUGCACAGCAGCCUCAGCUUCCUCUACCCACCUUCUCCUUUUCUUAAAGCAGGCUAUGUGCUCUACAUGGCAAGG